UAAAAGCGCUCCAGACGGGGGCCUGCUUCAGACCCGCUUUUAUCUGGACAGACACAAAGCGCGACAGAGCGAGGCUGAGAGUGGAUGCUGGAGACAAACUUGCAGACACAGGUUUCCUAACUUCUGUUUCUGUGUGCGGAACUUGAAACAGAGCGACCGAGAUGCGUGGCCUUUUUUCUACCAUCUUUCUGCUCCUAGUGGCCUUGAUGAUUGUCACUACAGAAGCUGGAAAAAAUAAGAAAGACAAAGGUAAAGGAUCGAAAGGGGUCUCUGACUGCACAGACUGGCGUUUCGGGAGCUGUGUGGCUAAUAAUGGGGAUUGUGGAAGUGGUGUGAGGGAGGGGACUUGCAAUGAUCAGACCAAGAAGCUGAAGUGUAGAGUGCCCUGCAACUGGAAGAAGGAGUUUGGUGCUGACUGCAAGUACAAGUUUGGGAAUUGGGGUGAGUGUGACACUGCUACAGGCUUGAAGAGUCGCUCUGGCACUCUAGUGAAGGCUCUCUAUGAUGCUGAGUGUCAGCCUGUCAUUAUGGCCUACAAACCCUGCCCAACCAAGAACAAAGCCAAGUCCAAAGGAAAGAAAGGAAAGGGAAAAGGAAACUAGAAAAAGGAGACAUCCAGCAAUGGAAGUGUGAAGACCAGCCCUCCAAACCCCAGCCUUUCAACAUUCUAGCUCUUUGACUCUCUCUUUUUCUCUCUCUGUUGAUAUGUCAUACACUAGACAGCUUUCUUCUCCAUGCUGUAUUACAGUUGUAGAGCACAGGAAUGUGGCUACUGUGAUAUGAUUGACAGAUAUUGUAUGACAUUGCUGUUCCACAAGGGAGAAUGAAAUGCUGAUGUUUGGAGGAAAACCAUUCUUUGGCUCUUUGUAGAAGACAGAAAGAUUACACUCUGUCAAAACCUCACAGUUCACAUCUGACACAAGAACUGCUCACACACACACACACACAGACACCAACCUCUGUACUUAAUGAUUUGUCAUAUAAAUACUUUUUUAAUAAAAUUGUGUGAUGAUGCAGUAGAGAGUUACCUGAAUAGUGGAGUAUAUGACUAGUGUUUUGGAAAGUCUUACUGCUUUUUGUAGGAUCAUUAUCACUUAAAAUAAAUGAUAUUUUGAAAGA